UUACAAGUCGCACGUUAUAAGUCAAAAUGUCUGAAAAGGAGUUUCAGAAAUGGGCCAAAGUGAAUAAAACGGCCAAAACGGUGAUAUCAAAAGUUAUCGAAAAUCUCGGACCGAAUAUCGACGACGUGCGAUACGAGAUAACCAGUUCGACCGACAUUUACAUCUCCACUCUGUACUAUAUGUCUGUGAAGUUUAAAAACAAGAAAGGCCAGGACGAGGAACUUUCUAUGAUACUGAAGAGACCUACGCAGAUGGAGGCUAUAAAGCAGUUAGCUCGCGUCGACCCACAGUUUCAUAACGAGAUCCUGUUUUACCGAAUGUAUGCUCAACCGGACGAAAACUUUGCGAAAUGCUUCUACGCAGACGAACGACCGCCUAUUGACUCGGUAAUCGCUCUGGAGAACGUCAGCAAACGAAAGUACCAUUCCUGCCCGUGCAAGUGCGAUCCUCCUUUGGAGUACACAUUAGCGGCGGUGCGCGAAAUAGGACGGUUUCACGGCAAAGGUUACGCCAUGAAGCAACAGCAGCGGGAAAAGUUCUUCGAUAUUGUGGAACAAAUUCAAGAAGCCAGGUAUGACAGAGAGUACGACAGUUAUAAAUUCUUAGUCGAUACAACCGCGACGCGAGCAGUGGAUUAUCUUCGUGAUCGCGGCCACGACGCGAUUUUCUGCGACAAGAUGGAGAGUUUACUUUCGAACGCGUUCGAUGAAGUAAUGAUGAAAACGGUGGAGCCGCUGGAACCCUUGUCCACGCUGUGUCACGGCGACUUUACGCUGGCCAACGUUCUCUUCAAGAAGGAAGAUGACGGAGAAUACCGAGCGAUGCUGAUCGAUUUCGCUCUUCUGAGAUACGGGACGCCUGUCAUCGAUCUUUCUACUUAUCUCUGCGUCUCUUGUCCGACUGAAGUGAGGAAGGAUAAGUUUUUCGAAAUCAUGCGAGCCUAUCACGGCGCGCUCGAGCAGUAUUUAUUAGAGGCUGGCGUUCGGGACAUCGAGAAAUAUUCGUACGAUGCUUUGCUGGACGAUUAUAAAAGAGGUGCUCUUUUCGGCUUUCUUAUCAUAACUUUUUACUUGCCGACGUUACUAGGACACAUCAAGUUUGAGGAAACAGCAAAAGAUGUUGAUCACACAGAAAUCGCGAAAUACUUUAAAGUGGCCGGCGGCGACGAAAUAUCCGAGAUAUUAGGUAAUCUGUUACUGCAUCUGAAGGAUCUUGGAUGCUUGCAACAUGUCCUAUAAACCGCGUAAUACUACUUAGAUCAGUGCUCGGAAUUACUUCAGCUUUGCAGCCGAUUCUCGCGGCACACGCCUCCUUUGCUCUCCUUACCGCGCGCGCCGCAGCCGCUCGAGCCAGCGCCGCCGAGCGUUAGGAGCGGUGCUGUCCGAUUAAUGUUGGGUUCUUCUUCCUUGAUCAUUAAAAAUUAAAAAAAUUAAUUAAAAAUAUUUUUUUCAUUUUUAAAUUUAUUAUGUGGAAAUAUUUCAAUAGAUUUUCACGUCACCCAUGAAGUACUAUUGCUAUUGAGGAAAAAAAUAUUUUAAAUACAUUUUUUAACUAUUAAUCGGAUAGCGCCGCUCCUAACGCUCGGCGGCGCUCCAAGCGGCUGCGUCGUGUGCGAUAAGGAGAGGAAAGAAGGAGGCGUGUGCCGCGAGAAUCGGCUGAAAAGCUGAAGUAAUUCCGAGCACUGACUUAGAUAAUAUAUGGAUUUAUAUUAAUUAUAGUCAUUAUUAUAUAAAUUAUAAAUUGAAAGAUUAUUUACAUGCGAGAAAUGCAUAUUGUAAUUAGAGAAAUAUGUUAUAACAACCAGAUGGAUUUAUUAAUAUUAUUUGAGAUUGCGCCGUUUCCAACAGCAUCACUUUUAACAUCACGAAUUUCAUUUAAAUCGAUAAAUCGACUUUUCCAAUUAAUUAUGAGUGAACGUAUGAUAUUUUUCCUUAUUAUUGAAUGUUGUAAAAAGUAUUAUCUCAGAAAAGAAUGAUAUUUUCUUAUAUAAUUUCUAUUUAUUCAUAAGAAAUGUGUACGCAUUUCUUUAUACAAAUUUUACACGUUAGUAUUUAUAUUUGUGCACUCAUGCAUAAUUUUUACUGGGUAAGAUUGUAUAAGUUGAACCGGUCGCAAAAAUUGUGAGGCAUAUUUGGUGGAUUUUGCGGAGAGACUAUGUGUAAAUAUCGCGGAAAUGAAAUAACGUGGAUAAGGAAUGAGUUAAAAGCAGAGCUCGCUUGUAUGCGUGACACUCAAAACAGGCGGUAGUAUUACGGCGGUGCACAUUGGUGAAAUUAUUCUUUCGUCCGUGCAAGUCCGGAUCUGCCUUUCAAAUAAAGAAGCGCUCGCGCGCGUUCAGAAUAACUUUAUCAUUUCCAUAUAUUUUUCCAAGCUACAGACGGGGUAUUUUAUCUAAUGGCACGCUUUAUCAUGGAGUUCACUCAUACAUAGUGUCCGAGGUCCGUGCAGUUGACUGACCUCUUAUAUUUGUAUAAAGAGUAUUAAAUUCGCGAGCCAGAGGAACAAAGCAUCACAAACUACAAUAAUAUUGAUUCUUUUAUAAUUAUAUUGCGUGUAUUCGCACGAAAAAUAUUAUAUUUUGCAGAAAUAAAAUACAAUAGCCAUAUAAAAAAAUUUGUGCACAAUCUUGUAUUCAUUACAUUAUUUCCACAAUAAAUGCAAUCGUAAUAUUCUUUACAAUUCUUUAUAAAGAAAAAUUGCAAUUGUGAUUAUAGAUGCGAAAUGCAAUUAAUCAUGUAUGUUUUGCACAUUUUGCGCGCGAUAGUUAAAUCCUAAUAAUACUCCAACAAAUUAAAGAUGUAUUACAAAAAACUAAUGUAAUCAACGAAAAUAAUAAAAGCUGCAAAAAUAUAUUACUACAAAUGUGAUAUAAAAA